GAUAAGAAAAAGAGAAAUACUGCAGCUUCUGCAAGAUUUAGAAUAAAGAAGAAGUUAAAAGAACAAGAAAUGGAGAGAACUUUGAAAAAUCUAAAUGAAAAAGUUUCUUUAUAUAAUGCAAGAAUUCAUAAAUUAGAAAUGGAGAAUAAAUGUUUGAAAUCACUAAUCAUU